AUACACAAAACCAUUAAUUGCAUGUAACUAUAUGAUAUUUUGGGGAGGUUGGUCGGAUUGGGUUUGAUUGAUGCGGAGUAAAAAACUUUAAAAACUAAUGUCUGUAAAAUAAUUGGGUGCUGUCACAAAAUUGUGACAUUUGAGUUUGCACUCUUGAUCCAUACUCAUCGAUUCUUGCACGAAAUUAAAAUGUCAAAAUCUGCCAAGGGGAUGGUUUAUUUAUUGUGUCAAAACAAAUCCUUUUGUCUGUCAUAAAAAGUACAUUUAAAGGACAUUAAAAAGUAUUGAUUUUAUGUCAAUAAAUAAAAUUCCUGCAUCUUGCUUCUACUUUUUGCGCAGAUAAAUUAUUAUUAGGCUAUUAUUAUUAUUACUAUUACUAUUAAUAAUAAUAACUUUUAUUAUUAUUAUUACUUCUAGUACUGCUUUAGGAGUAAUAGUAGCAGAGUAUUGGUUAUGUCGAGUUACUACAGUGGCCAGUGUGCCUUGGGCGCUCUGUAAUCGGAUCACACCUUGUUGCGGUGUUUAGUGUUGUCCACCAAACUCAACAGGCGCGGCCUUUAUUUGGCACUUUUCUCGUGUUUAAAACACUGGUUUCCUACAUAAAGCAAACUAUUGUCUCUUCCUGUCUGUUUUCAACACAUUAAGAUUUUGCCAAGGAAUAAGGAUAGGCUAUUUGCAGAUCUGUGAAGAUAGGUAAGAAGUUGAAUGACUCCAUCCAUCUCUAUAUAAUAUGCCACCCACGAGACUUAAAACGAAUGCUGAUACGAGAAUCCUGAACAAGAAACCAACUACAGCCGAAAAACCGACAGUCAGAACAAAAGAUACCGGCGGUCACCGAAAGUUAAGGGCAUCAAGCUGCCCAUCUCCAUAUGAUACUGAACACAAAUCCAAUGCAACGGAGAGGACAAGCCAAAAGAUGAAACCAUCUGAGACAAAAUCAACUGCAACUGUUGCACUUAAGGAACAACAAAAACCAAAAGCUCGUGCGCUUUGUAAAACGAACAGUCAAAGAGCAUUUACUGUCUUCACACCAAACCCCAGGAAAAGACAACAUUCAGCAAAGUUUGCAGCAGCAGAAUUGGCGGCCCUGGAGGAGCUGCGCUUGAGUCGCAUGGGUUACAUUUCCAUCUCUAGCACCGUGGGUGGAUGUUCAACUCUGGAGGAGGUCAGGGCAAAACAACAACAAGAAAUGCAAAUCAAGAGGAGACAAAAACAGGUUAAGAAACAUAUUUUACAACCUUCUCCACAUGUUCAAGAAUAAAAGUUAUAAUACUAAAUCUACAAAUAUAAUAUAAAGACAAUUAUAUUUAUUAUAUUUAUAAAUAUUAUUUUUUUCUCUGGUUUAUUUUAAAAGUGCUGCUAAUCUCAGAUCAUUUUCUAAUAU